UUAUGAAUAAAAAGAUACUCUUGUUCUAUGCGAGUGCAACCCACAUUUCACACUCACCCAGUGCAGCUCUUUUUCGCGCCCUGUUCUCUAUUUAAGACUGCAACUGAUUCCUUCUUUGGAUUGUGACCCCAAAAAGUCUGAUAGAAAGACCCUCGAGUCCGUGGGAUUUUUGCAGAUCCAAUGGGAAAAGCACUGUUUCUGCAUAUAUUCGUUGGACUUUUGGUUGUUUUGGGAGCUUCUUUAGUCAAUGCAGAUGACCCAUAUAGAUAUUACACUUGGACUGUGACUUAUGGGACUAUUUCACCUCUUGGUAAACCCCAACAGGUUAUUCUUAUCAAUGGCCAAUUUCCUGGUCCUAGACUUGAUGUGGUCACUAAUGACAAUAUCAUACUUAAUCUCAUCAACAAGCUUGACCAGCCUUUCCUCUUGACGUGGAAUGGAAUUAAACAAAGGAAGAACUCAUGGCAAGAUGGAGUGCUGGGUACUAACUGUCCCAUCCCUCCAAACUCAAACUACACUUAUAAGUUUCAAACCAAGGAUCAGAUUGGGACCUUCACAUACUUCCCAUCAACUCUAUUUCACAGAGCUGCUGGAGGGUAUGGAGGGCUGAAUGUCUAUGAAAGACCCAAAAUUCCAAUCCCUUUUGCGAACCCAGAUGGAGAUUUCACUCUGCUUAUUGGUGACUGGUACACGACUGACCACAAGACAUUACAAGAAUCUUUAGACUCAGGAAAAUCUCUUCCCUUUCCAGAUGGAGUACUUAUAAAUGGCCAGACUCAUACUACAUUCAACGGUGAUCAAGGUAAAACCUAUAUGUUCAGGAUCUCGAAUGUAGGUUUGUCAACUUCAUUGAACUUCAGGAUUCAGGGCCAUACACUGAAGCUAGUUGAGGUUGAAGGAUCUCACACUCUUCAGAAUAUAUAUGACUCUCUUGAUGUGCAUGUUGGACAAUCUGUAGCCGUCUUAGUAACCUUAAAUCAGCCUCCAAAGGACUACUACAUUGUUGCUUCUACACGUUUUACUAAGCAAGUUCUCACAGCAACUGCAGUGUUGCAUUACAAAAACUCUCAGACCCCAGCCUCCGGACCCUUGCCUGCUGCUCCAAUAGGUCAGUAUCACUGGUCUAUGAGGCAAGCCAGAACUUACAGGUGGAAUUUAACAGCAAGUGCAGCCAGACCUAACCCUCAAGGAUCAUAUCACUAUGGAAAGAUAAUUCCAACAAAGACAAUUGUAUUGGCCAAUUCAGCACCUUUAAUUAAUGGAAAGAAACGGUAUGCAGUUAACAGGGUCUCCUACGUUAAUGCUGAUACCCCUUUGAAGCUUGCUGACUACUUCAAUAUCCCUGGAGUCUUCAGUGUUGACUCCAUCCAAACGCUUCCUUCUGGUGGUCCUGCAUAUAUAGCUACCUCUGUUAUUCCAAACUCUCUCCAUGAUUUCGUAGAAGUCAUUUUCCAAAAUAAUGAAUAUGCCAUGCAAUCUUGGCAUCUUGAUGGUUACGAUUUUUGGGUUGUUGGUUAUGGCAAUGGCCAGUGGACACAAAACAAGAGACGCAUGUACAAUCUAGUUGAUGCUCUGACUAGACAUACUGCUCAGGUAUAUCCAAACUCGUGGACGGCUAUAUUGGUAUCCCUGGACAACCAGGGUAUGUGGAACAUGAGGUCUGCAAUCUGGGAGAGACAGUAUCUUGGACAGCAGCUCUAUCUGAGGGUCUGGACUCCAGAACAUAGUCUUGCUAAUGAAUAUGAUAUUCCUAAUAAUGUUCUACUUUGCGGAAAAGCUGCUGGACGACACUCUUAGUUCAACAAACUAAUCAAAUAGUAGUAAUUAAUCUGUUCCUAGUCAUGAGAGUUUGACAAAAGAGGAAACAGAACAGAGAAUAGAAAAGAGGAGGCAUAUUAAUUUGAUUGACAUGUUUGUCGUAUAUCUCAAAAAAGUUUUAGAAAUUUUGCUUCCCAUAAAUAUGUAUAUGGUCAUUGGUUUAUUUUUCUUUUGCCCUCGAAAGGUUUGCAAUCUUUUUACGUAUUUGAAGGUAAUAUUAGGAUUUAAGGAUGGUUAUAUGGAAUGUAAGAUUGUGUUAAUUUUCUUUUCUGUUCUA